AUGUUAAAACAAAAUAUAAUUAAGGCGUCAAUAUCUCCGUUAAGCGCCCCAGUGUGGGUCGUGCUUAAGAAAAUGGAUGCAUCUGGCAAAAAGAAGUGGCUCAUUGUUAUAGAUUAUAGGCGACUUAAUGAUGUGACCUUAAAUGAAGUUUAUCCUAUUCCUAUUCCAUUAAUUAGCCAUAUAUUAAAUCAAUUAGGACAUUCUAAAUAUUUUUCGACACUUGAUUUAGUUUCCGGCUUCCAUCAAAUUCCUCUCAAUCCUAAUGAUGCUGAAAAGACUGGUUUUACAGUAAUCAACACAAAUGCCAUUUCCGGUCAUUUUCAAUUUGAUCGCAUGCCCUUUGGUUUAAAAAGUGCUCCUAGUACGUUUCAACGUCUCAUGAAUACCGUCCUUUCUGGUCUCCAAGGUCUCCACUGUUUCGUCUACUUAGAUGACUGUAUUAUUUACAGAUAG